UCGCGUGAAAACUAGUUUUUUAUUUAGAUCUCUUGCUGGCCAAUCGAAAUUUCAUGUUGAUUGUCAGGUAUUACACGAUACAACGCUUUAUUUCACCGAAUACAAAAUGAAAAACAAACAACUCAUUUAAAAUCUCGUUUUCAAUUCGAUUCGGCAACGGAUUUUCUUUGUGUGAUUUUUUUGAAAUCAAAAGUGAUAUUGAAUUUUGAUGGAAAAGAAUUUUGAGUGUUGUUCACAGUUACGUUUUAUUUUUUCUAUCGGUAACAAGGCCAAGUUCAACGUGUUUAUGAUCAUUAAUGGUUGUUUAUUUUAUAUUCGUGCAACGCAUUGUAUAUCUUUGGAUUAACACCAUUUUUGAUUUAAUGCAAAAAAAAGAGAGUGAGAAGUGAAUAAAAUGUGUAACGAUUUUGUUGCGAAAUAAAAACAAGUUUUCAAUGAGUGUAUUGUCUAUUUUGCAACGAGACUGAAAAAUGUCAUUAUAAGUUCUGCAAGACACGACUGAACAUGAAGAAUUAGCCUUCGUUGAAAAUCGAGAGAGAUCGAGAAAGAAAAAGAUAAAACACAACUGAAAAGUGGAUAGUUGGAUAACAUUUGGAAUAAAAACUACACUAGCAAAUUUAAAGUUCAUAAUGACCGAAACCGUUUGGAUUAUUUUAUCGAUAGCACUGCUGUGCUGUACGUGUGUGUUUGUACCAGCUUUGGGUGGUAAAGGCUUUAAUGCCAAUGGCGAAAAGGAUAAUGGCAAAUUACGUGUAUGUUUUGUGGAAGGUCGCGGUUCAUAUAAAAAGGCAACCAAAAAUUGUCCGAUUUUAAAGGCAAAAUCAAACAUUGAAUGCAUCAUUGGGGCAGAUCGGACGGAUUGUAUGCGUCGCAUUAGUAAAGGUACUGCACAUUUUGGUGUAUUUUCGCCCGAAGAUUUGAUAGCCGCUAAAUGGGCUGGCCUCGAUGUAUUGGUUACAUCUGAAAUGCGCUUUAAUGACGAUCCAUUUCAGUUUGAAGUAGUGGCGGUCGUUGCAAACGAUGCCAACAUAAAUACGGUGCACGAUUUACGUGGCAGUCGUUUUUGUCAUCCCGGACAGGAUAUGGAACAAUAUUGGACCGAUGUAUUGGCAAAUUAUUUGGAAUCGACAAUGGUUGCAAGAGAAUGCGAAGAAGAUUUGUCACCGCUGGAAUCAAAAAUCAAAGCUACUUCACAAUUUUUCGGUCCAAGUUGUAAACCAGGUUCAUGGGUUCGAGAUCCAGUAGAAGACGCCGUUUUAAAAAAACGUUAUCCAUCGUUGUGUGAAGCAUGCUAUAAUCCAAGUACAUGUAACAGAAAUGAUAAAUAUUGGGGUAGAAUGGGACCACUAUACUGUUUAUCCAGCGGAGAUGGGCAAGUUGCUUGGGUUCGUUUGGGUGAUGCUCGUGCACAUUUCGGAUUGUCAGGUUUGCCUGCAGAAUCCGAUCCAAAAAUGUACAGUUACUUAUGCAUCGAUGGUCAUCUACAGCCACUGAGCAAUCCAACGCCGUGUGUUUGGGUUGCACAACCGUGGCCUGCCGUUGCCGCUAAACGUGAAUACGCCCCAGCCGUACAACUGCUGCUCGAGCAUCUCAAUCACAACGAUGAGGAAAGUUGGGAGAAUGCAUUGCUCAACAUUUUAGAAACGUAUCACACGAAUAUAAAACAAUUAGACACAACAAUAACCAUUGAAGAUUAUUUGGAACAAGCGGUCGGUUUUACGUCGGCAUAUAGUUUUCCAUCGUGCAAUCCGCCGAGAGCAAUUGUUUAUUGUACAACAUCGUUGAUUCAGCACUCAAAAUGUUCGUGGUUACAAGAAGUGGCUGAUGUAUAUGGCAUUGAACCGAACUUGCAGUGUAUAAGAGAAGUGAAUUUGGAUCGUUGCAUGGAAUUUGUUCAGCAUAAUGCAUCUGAUGUUGUAUUUGUUGGUGAGAACGACCGAAUACGUGCUGAACGUCAAUACAAUUUGAAUCCGAUUUUGUAUGAAUUUGCAAAGCAAAAAAUCGAUCGUUACACAGUGGUGGCGGUGGUUAAGAAUGAUUCCGAUAUUUACAAUUUCAAUGAUUUGUAUAAAAAACGUGCUUGCUUUCCCAGUUUUGAAGGUGCCGCUUAUUUAUCAGUUUUGGAAACAAUUCGACAUACGCGCGGCAUUACAAAUGAAGACGAAUCGUAUACAUCGAACGAAGUAAGCGAUUAUUUUUCGGAAAAUUCAUGUACAUGGGCACCACAUUCAGCCCAUUGCAAAAACGAAUAUGCCGGUGACGAAGGUGCACUCAACUGUUUAAAAGAUAAUCGUGGUGACGUGGCAUUUGUAGAUAUGGCAGCACUUCAAGAUUAUGUGGGAAUGACAGUUGCGACCAAUGACACAAAACAAUCAAUUAAUUUGAAUUCAAAUUAUAAAUUGAUUUGCCCGUAUGGACGAAAUGAAAAACCCGAAGAGUUUUGCUAUUUACAUUGGUCGAGUCGCGGAUACUUAAUGAUAAAUAAUCAGGCAAAAACAUUGCGAAAAAAUGAAAUAUAUAACACAUUCCGUGAGAUGGAUCGAUUAUUUGGUAAAUAUUAUGAAAAUCAUGUUUUGCCAUUCGGUAUGUUUGGACCAUAUGAUCGACAGAAUAAUGUCAUAUUCCAUGACCGAACUGAAACAUUGCGAGGCAUUGAUGAAAUGCAAAGAGUCCGAACACCACGAUAUCUGGAGCAAAGCAUACGCAAUUACACAACGGUAUCAGAACAAUUACAAUUAAAACAAAUACAAAACUCAGCCACAACACACCAACUAGAUUCAAUGCAUUUGUUUGUAGCUAUUUUUACAAUAGUUUAUUUAUAUGUUUAAGGAUUAUCUCUGUAUUAUAUAUGAAACCGCAAGAACGACUUUCCUUUCUUUUUCUGAAAAAAAAAACCUUCCCCGAUUUUUAAUUGCAUCGCAUUUGAGCGACAGUAAGUGAGACUCUUUCGGUCCGAGAAGGAAAAAUCAAGGUGAAUUAAAGCGUUUGUGAUAAAUAACACAGGUAGUAGUUAAUAGUGAAAAGCCAAUUAAAUCAUUAAAUUCAAAUUUA